AAUUAAAAAAAUUACAUCAUAUCAAAGUCAAUAACUCCCUUUCCUUUAGACCAUUCUAAACUUGUACACGCGCAAAGCUUGAAUCUUUUUCUGCAUAUCAUUCAUCCAAUAUGUUCCCUCAAUAACUCGGAAGAAAGACAUCUCCUUCUUCGCAGGAUGAAGUUUUGUACUUUUAUUGUUAUAUUUGCAGCAUUAGGUGCCACUGUUUUCGCUGAAGAUGAUGCGAGGUGCCUGCAAGGUGUGCAGAAUUCACUUGGUGACCCAGAAGGGAGGCUGGCAACAUGGAACUUUGGAAACACAUCAGUUGGAUUCAUCUGCAAUUUUGUUGGGGUGUCAUGUUGGAAUGAUCGAGAGAAUAGGAUAAUCAACCUCGAAUUACGUGACAUGAAGCUGUCAGGACAAGUUCCUGAAUCCUUACAGUACUGUAAAAGCCUGCAAAACUUGGAUCUUUCAUCUAAUUCUCUCUCCGGUACGAUUCCUGCUCAAAUAUGUACCUGGUUGCCUUACUUAGUCACUCUUGAUCUCUCAAAUAAUGAUUUUUCUGGUCCUAUACCACCUGAUCUUGCAAACUGUAUUUAUUUGAAUAACUUGAUACUAUCAAACAAUCGUCUCUCUGGGUCUAUUCCUCUUGGAUUUUCUGCUUUGGGUAGGCUCAAGAAGUUUUCUGUGGCAAAUAAUGAUCUUACCGGUCCUGUUCCUUCCUCCUUUAAUAAUUAUGAUUCCGCGGAUUUUGAUGGGAAUAAGGGACUGUGUGGGAGGCCUUUAUCUAAGUGCGGUGGGCUAAGCAAGAAGAAUCUUGCUAUUAUAAUUGCUGCUGGGGUUUUUGGUGCCGCUUCUUCUUUGUUGUUGGGAUUUGGGGUGUGGUGGUGGUAUCAGUCAAAGCAUUCUGGGAGAAGAAAGGGAGGGUAUGACUUUGGAAGAGGUGAUGAUACUAAUUGGGCUCAGAGAUUGAGGUCUCACAAGCUUGUUCAAGUUUCUUUGUUUCAAAAGCCUCUUGUUAAGGUUAAAUUGGGUGAUUUAAUGGCUGCUACAAACAAUUUUAGUCCAGAGAGUAUCAUUAUUUCGACUAGAUCAGGCACUACUUAUAAGGCUGUUCUUCCUGAUGGGUCGGCUCUUGCAAUCAAGCGUCUUAGUACUUGUAAGCUCGGUGAGAAGCAGUUUCAGUUAGAGAUGAAUCGAUUAGGCCAGGUUAGGCAUCCAAAUUUGGCACCCCUUUUGGGGUUUUGUGUUGCGGGGGAGGAGAAGCUUUUGGUAUAUAAGCACAUGUCUAAUGGGACUUUGUAUUCUUUGCUCCACGGGACUGGUAAUGCACUGGAUUGGCCAACAAGAUUCAGGAUUGGUUUCGGUGCUGCUAGGGGUCUAGCUUGGCUUCACCAUGGCUACCAGCCUCCAUUCCUGCAUCAGAACAUCUGCUCCAAUGCGAUUCUUGUCGACGAAGACUUUGAUGCUCGGAUUAUGGACUUUGGAUUAGCGAGGAUGAUGACUUCCUCAGACUCUAACGAGAGCAGUUACGUUAAUGGGGAUUUGGGAGAAAUCGGUUAUGUGGCCCCAGAGUACUCGAGCACUAUGGUUGCUUCACUCAAAGGAGACGUGUAUGGAUUUGGAGUAGUGCUUUUGGAGCUGGUGACAGGGCAAAAACCUCUCGACAUCAGCACCGCUGAAGAAGGAUUCAAAGGGAACUUGGUGGAUUGGGUAAAUAACCUCUCAAGUUCAGGUAGAAGCAAAGAUGCAGUUGAGAAAGCUAUCUGUGGUAAGGGACAUGAUGAGGAGAUUUCCCAGUUCCUAAAAAUUGCUUGUAAAUGUGUCAUUGCUCGGCCCAAGGACAGAUGGUCUAUGUACGAGGCUUACCAGUCCUUGAAGAUCAUUGCCAAUGAGCAUGGUUUGACAUUGUCAGAGCAAGAUGACGAAUUUCCAUUGAUUUUUGGCAAACAAGGUCAUGAUUAAGUGUAGCUUUGGUGAAAAUUAAGAUGACAGAAGCCAGAUAAAGUGGCAAAGAACUGUUGCCAUACAUAAUUUAUACGUUGUCUGGUUAGUAUUCCAAAGGCUCUCGGUGUAAAUGGUAUGAUAUAUCAUUCAUUUGAGCUUCCUUUCCCAUUUGUUUUCUGUAGUUGAUAUGAAAAAAACCAAAAAAAACCCAGGAAAUCAUCCUUCAACUCCAGGUUCUUGAAUCUCAAAGAACUAUAUUUUGUCUGCCUUUUGUUUCCAAGAGAAACCACCUCAACACAGCAUGUAAUUUUUAAUAUGUUCUCUGUUUGUAGCCUUAGAAUUUGAUUUGAUGUGAAUGACAGUGAAUAAUGAUUGUAUUGUAUUGUAAUUUUUUUAUAUUA